CUCGCGCUGUCGUGUCGAGCCGCUGCACCGAGCACCUCCCCGCGGUCCGCCCCACCCGCGGCGCGGGCCUUCCGCCACCGUUCGGCCGCGGCUCCGCCCGCCGCGAGGCGGUGCCCGUGCUCCGCUGCCAUGGCAAUCGUGACGUCACGGGCCGGGCGGAAAUGCGGCGCCUCAUGCGGGGCGGAAGCGUCGCGCUGUACGGCACUUUGCGACUCCAUGGCGGAGGAGUGGCUGGGCGCCGAGGCGGCGGGUAGCGGUAGCGAGGAGGAGGAGGAGGAUGGCGAGCGGCGGCACCAGCAGCUCCUGGAGGCGGUCAGCGCCCUCACGGGGCGGAAGCGGCGGAAGCUGGCCGAGCGCUCCGAGGCCAGUGCACAGGUGUCAGAGUUCAACGUUAGCUGUAAAGGUGCCGGGGAGAAACUUGUCCUGUCUGAGCUCCUGCAGCCCAUUCGUGCCCGAUCUGCCCUGAGUGGUGUGAAGAAGGAGCUCAACAGAGUGAAGCAGAAGAAGGCAGUGGAGCUGCCGCUCAGCAAGGAGGAGGCAGAGCGGGUUGUGAGGGAGGCUGCCUAUGUCAAGAGCUCUAAAGAUGUUGGCAAGUGGCAACCAGUGGUCCUGCAGAACCGCCGUGCAGAGCAGUUGGUUUUCCCUCUGAAGGAGGAGAUUGUGGCAGUUGCCCCCCUGGAGCAAGUGGUUUCGGCAUGGAAGCCCCGAACUCCCCUGGAGCAGGAGAUCUUUGGUCUGCUCCACAAAACACAGCAGCCCAUCACAGACCCACUCCUGACACCUCAGGAGAAAGCCUCGCUGCAGGCAAUGAGCUUGGAGGAGGCCAAACGGCGGCGAGCAGAGCUGCAGAAGGCUCGAGUCCUGCAGUCCUACUAUGAAGCCAAGGCUCGUCGAGAGAAGAAGAUCAAGAGCAAGAAGUACCAUCGUGUGCUGAAGAAAAGCAAGAGACGCAAGGCCUUAAAGGAGUUUGAGAUGCUGCAGAAGUCAGACCCCGAGGCCGCCUUGGCAAAGCUGGAGGAGUUGGAUCAGCUCCGGAUGGAGGAGCGGAUGAGUCUCAAGCACCAGAACAAGGGGAAAUGGGCCCGCUCACGAGCCAUUAUGGCCAAGUAUGACCUGGAGGCCCGCAAGGCCAUGCAAGAGCAGCUGGCCAGGAACAAGGAGCUGACACAGAAGGUGCGGGUGGAAUUGCCAGAGGAGGAGCCAGCUGAUGUGCCUGAGGAGGACCUCACUUCCACAGCCAUCCCUCCUGUCUCUGUGGGAGCGAGCAGAGCAAAUCCCUGGAUGCUGGGCAAACCCAGUGACCCAGCCCAGGAGCCUGAUGUGCCAGAAGACCUUGGAAAUGCUGCAGUGCCAGUUGCUGUAGAGAACAAGGAGGAGAUGUCUGAGGAUGAGGAGGAGCUGUCAGAGGAGGAGGCGCUGCUGCAAGACUUUCAGCAGAAGCGGCAAGCACGGCAGGGGCAGCCAGGGAGUUCUGAGCAGCACAGUGAGGAGCUCACAGUCCUGCCUGGAGUCUGCAGUGUCACAGAGCAAAGUGGGUCGUUAGGUGCUGAUGAGACAGAAGAAGUUUCUGAACAACUGCCAGGGGAUGCCUCCAUCCACCCAGUCAGUGUCGAGGAGCAGGUGAGCCCAGUGAUUGAGCUGCCUCCCCAGGCCCAGGAGGAGCCCUUGCUGUCAGAGCAGCUGCACCGUGUGCAGACAAUGGAGGACAUUGAGGCUUUGGCCUCUGAGGAGCUCACAGCAGAGCAGGAGAAGCCAGUGACUGUGGGCACAGAGAAGCCAGCACGCAGUCGGCAGGAAGGCAGAACUACACCCAAGCCUGCCAAGAAGCCAAAAACCAAGAAGAAAAUAAUCAGCUUGCAGUCUGUGCUGUCUGGAAAGCUCCGGGAGGCUCAGUGCCCCAGCAUACCUGCAGUCAUGGUGGAAGAGGAGGGUGGCUUUGACCAGCGAGGAGUGAUCACAGAGGCCUUUGCUGGAGAUGACGUGGUUGCCGACUUCAAUCGGGAGAAGCACAAAGCAGAGGAGGCUGCGAAGCCACAGCCGCUGAACUUGGUUCUGCCAGGCUGGGGCGAGUGGGGAGGCACCGGCCUGAAGCCCAGCAACAAGAAAAUAAAACGGUUUCUGAUCAAGCCAGCCCCAGCCCCUCCCAGGAAGGACCAGCAUUUGCCCCACGUUAUCAUUAGUGAGCAGCGCAACAUCCACGCAGCAGCACAUCAGGUCAGCGAGCUGCCCUUCCCCUUCGAGAGGCACCAGCAAUUUGAGAAGUGCAUCCGGACGCCCGUGGGCUCCACAUGGAACACACAGCGUGCCUUCCAGAAGCUCACUGCUCCCCGUGUUGUCACACGGGCGGGCCACAUCAUCCAGCCUCUCUCUGCUGAGGAUGUCCCCUCCGUGGCUGCCACAACUGACAGUGGAACCAAGCUGGCACUCCAAACCCCACCUGAAGAGCAUAAGCAGCUCUCUGGCCGCCCCCGCAAGAGAGCUCGAUAGCUUGUGGGUGCCAGGCCUCACCCACGUGGCACUGGGGAGCAGGUGGGGGCCGUGUUCCAGGGCUGCCCAGGUUCCUGGUUCUGUCUUAGGGCUUUUUAACUCUGCAAUAAAAGUGCUGGGCUGCCGUGUGUGUGCAGUCUAUGUGGCUGCCCUGGGGACAGAACAGCUGGUGCUCUGCUGCCUGUCCUUGGGGCCUGAUGCAGGGCAGGCCUCUGUAUCCCAUGGUAAUGUGAAUGGCUUGCUGUGGGUCAGGCUGCUGGGGUGCAGCUUGGGAGUGGGGGGGGAGCGUGGCAAGAAGGUGGAGCCACUGCCACAGCACUGUCAGUGCUAGGCUGGAUCUCAUCUGCUUCUAGUUUUUGUCUUUAAUACCUUGUUUAUUACAUAUAUAAUUUCAUCUUGGCUAAAUUGACUUCCAGCUUGCUCUGUGUGCCUUCUGCCUCCUCUCCUGACUUCAGUGGUUUGGUGAGCAGUGGGUCUCUGGGGGGGUCUCUGCCCCAGCAUAGCCAUCUUCCCCACAGCUGAGCCAUGCACGUCUUCCUCAAAUGGGGGCACUUAGGGUUGUCCCUGCAGGCCAGAGGCUGGCCGGGCACUGUGCUGCAGCAGUACAAUGAAAUGGGAGCAGGCUGGGAGCCUUCCUAUCUCUUCCCACGUGUGCUGUGUUUGUGCCAGCUGGAGAAACACUCCCUGUCCCAAGCAAGGAGGGACGGCUGCUGGAGCUGCUGCUGUUCUGAGGAACCACAUCCCUGGCACUGGAGCAACAUCUUCCUGCCUGGGCACUGCAGCCAGGCUGGCUCCCCCCGUGUCCCCUACAGUUGUGUGGGGGUGGGGGCAUAUCCUUGUGCUGUGGGGCUGGGGCAGUCCACCCAACUUGUGGCAUCCCAUAAUCCUGCAUAUGCUGGGCUGUCUCAUGCUGCAAAGGAGAAGCUGCUUCACUUUGGGCUGAUGUGGGAGUAAGAGGGAGGUUGGGAUACAGAGUGGAUGCUGCCCUUCUGCCCUUGCUGGAGCAUCACCAGCCCCAUGCGGUGCCCUGGGGCUGCUAGUUAAAGCUCACUAUGGGCAGGAAUGCAGUUGUGUUGUUGGGAAACACGGCACA